AUGGAUUCGCAACGCAGCAGCGUGAGGGUCGGCGUUAGAACGGGCGACAACGAGCGAUUAAGGUGCUCCAGCGAGCCUGCGACACCAGACGGCGCGCGGCAACGAGAAGCGGUGCAGGCAGCGAGUCAAUCGGAGGGUGAGCAAGCCAUGGGAGGCGCGGAGGCAGCGGCUGUCGUGAAGGGGUAUGCGACAACACCGCGCGGUCAGGUUCACUACCGCAGAUGCGGAUCCGGCCAUCCGGUGGUGUUGCUGCACGACGCGGGGCGAUCGUCCGCCAUGUGGGCGCCUGUGCUGCCGCUGCUGGCGGCGCGCGGGUGCUGCGCGCUGGCCGUGGAUCUGCCGGGGUGCGGCGAGACGACGGCGGCGUGUCGCGACUACAGCAUGCUGGAGAUGGGCGCUAUCGCCGUCGCCGCCGCCAUCAACGUCGGCUUCACGCAACGCUUCGACCUCGUUGGCCAUGGAUUCGGGGCGAGCUUAGCACUGCAGAUGGCGGCGGUGUUCCCUGCGCGGGUGAGGCGGGUGGGGCUGUGGGGCGUCAUGCCGCAGGACGAGCGCUCCAAGCUGCUCGCAGCUGCCGUGCAGGCAAUAAGCGCGGGGGGUGGGGAUGGGGAUGGUGCGGCGGCUGCUGCUCCACAGAGCGUGGUGGCGGUGGCAGUGCAGCAGAUGCUGAUGCGCAGUACAGCCCACCAUGUGCCUCUUCAUCAACUCGUUGAAGAGGUGAUGGAGGGACUUCAAUCACUGCCCACGCGCCAUUUGCUCGCCAAGGCACAUGCAGCAGUGGACCACGGGGAUCUGCUAGACAAGGUGCAGCAGCCCGUGCUGUGCCUGGCGGGCUGUGACGACCCCUUCCAGUUUGAGACAAUGAUGGCAGCGUCACGGAUGGGCAAGGGAAAGUACUACCACAUAAAUUCAGCCGGCACUGAGAUCUCCGUUCCUCACUCCUCAGCCGCUGCCUCCUUCAAGCAGGGUACCCCAGCCACCGGAUUCUCCGGCACUCGCCUCCGCGACAUCCGACGCUCGGCGACGCCUGCUCACGGUCAGACGACUCGGCGACACAUGGCGACGGUUGCGACGAUCAAGGUCGGCGACAAGCUGCCCGAAGGCAGCCUCUCCUACUUCGACGCCGAGGGCGCGCUUCAGACCAUCACUAUCGAGUCACUCACCAAGGGCAAGAAGGUGGUGCUGUUCGCGGUGCCAGGCGCGUUCACCCCGACGUGUUCGCAGAAGCACCUGCCGGGGUUCAUCGCCAAGGCGGACGAGCUGCGCGCCAAGGGCGUCGACACCAUCGCGUGCGUCUCCGUCAACGACCCCUUCGUCAUGCGCGCCUGGGGCGACUCCGUCAACGCCGCCGGCAAGGUGCUGAUGCUCGCGGACGGCAGCGGCGUGUACACCGCCGCGCUGGGCGCGAGCCUGGAUCUGGCGGACAAGGGGCUGGGCGUGCGGUCGCGGCGGUACGCGCUGCUGGCGGACGACGGCGUCGUGACCGUGCUCAACCUCGAAGAGGGCGGCGCGUUCACCAACAGCAGCGCGGAAGACAUUCUCAAGGCGCUGUGA